UGCUUCAAUAGUGUCCACAUCAUUUUUUGUCUCAUCAACAAGUGACGUUGUUCUGUCACCAUGUUUGUCGUUCUGUGAAGACUCCAAGUCUCUGGCCAAUCUAUAGAAGCAAAACUCUUCUAUUUCCAUUGUCUCGCUUAAAUGGUCGUCUUGCUUUGCAUCGUUUCAUCUUGAAUUUGACCGCGCGCCUAAUGAUGUCGGCAGAAUAUGCAGCGGAUAGAAUUUAGGGAUCAGUUUCAUGCCUAUAAAUGCUACCAACCUCUGUCUUCAUUGCUUUGCCGUAGAGUGACUCUCUGAGUAGAGGUUGGGGCAUUUACAGAAGGAGGUUGAUUAAAAUCUUCAGAAGGAAGUAACUGUACGGAACUUCCGGACCAUCCGGUUAAGCGCAUAUGGCAGAAAACGAUAUAUACACAGGAGAUGGAACUGUAGAUAUGAAAGGCAACCGUGCCGUGAAAAGCAAAACAGGAACUUGGAAGACUUGCCCCUUCAUAUUAGGAAAUGAGUGCUGUGAAAGAUUGGCAUACUAUGGGAUGAGCACCAAUCUGGUGAACUAUUUGAUCAAUCGUCUUAACCAGGGAAGUGCUCAGGCAGCCAAUAAUAUCACGAACUGGUCGGGAACAUGCUACAUAACUACACUGAUUGGAGCCUUUUUAGCUGAUGCAUAUUUGGGGCGAUUUUGGGUUAUUGCUAUUUUCUCUUCCAUCUAUGUUUCGGGAAUGACAUUGUUGACUUUAUCUGCAUCAGUAAAUGGUUUAAAACCUGAAUGUCACAGAGGCACAUGCCAUGCAAAAGAAGAAAACGUGGCAGUGUUCUUUGUGGCUCUUUAUCUAAUUGCUCUAGGGACUGGUGGAAUCAAGCCCUGCGUCUCGUCAUUUGGUGCAGACCAGUUUGAUGAAACUGAUGAAAAAGAAAAGAAAUGGAAAAGCUCCUUCUUCAAUUGGUUCUACUUUUCAAUCAAUAUUGGCGCUCUCAUCGCCUCAUCUGUGUUGGUCUACAUCCAGGAGCAUGUGGGAUGGGGCUGGGGUUUUGGAAUUCCGGCAGUUUUAAUGGCAGUUGCUAUUGUUUCUUUCUUUUCUGGCUCAAGAUUGUAUCGGAAUCAAAAACCCGGAGGUAGCCCCUUGACACGUAUUGCUCAGGUCCUGGUUGCAUCAUUGAGGAAGUACAAUUUGAAGGUACCUUCUGAUAAGUCUCUGUUAUAUGACACUGAAGAUGCCGAAUCUGGAAUUCAAGGGAGCAGAAAGCUUGAUCAUACAAAACAAUUUGGGUUUUUUGACAAGGCAGCUGUUCAGACAGAACAUGAUCAGGUGAAAGGCACCCAUAACCCAUGGAAACUUUGCACGGUGACACAGGUAGAGGAGCUGAAAUCUAUCAUCAGGAUUCUUCCUGUCUGGGCGAGCGGGAUCGUCUUUGCCACGGUAUACAGUCAGAUGUCCACACUCUUUGUAGAACAAGGUGACAAGAUGGAUCCCAGCAUGGGACCAAACUUCGACAUCCCAGCCGCAUCUCUCUCAGUAUUCGAUACGAUCAGUGUGAUCACCUGGGUUCCAAUCUAUGAUCGUCUAAUUGUACCAUUCGCUAGAAAGUACACUGGCCAUGAGAGAGGAUUCACACAGCUUCAGCGCAUGGGAAUUGGACUCGUGAUCUCUAUCUUCUCCAUGGUCGUGGCAGCCAUUGUUGAGAUUGUCAGACUCGAUUUGGUAAAGAAGCAUAACUACUACGAUCUGAAGCAAAUGCCGAUGUCAAUUUUCUGGCAAGUUCCUCAAUACUUUCUUAUCGGUGCUGCAGAGGUCUUCACAUUCAUUGGGCAGUUGGAGUUUUUCUAUGAUCAGGCACCAGAUGCCAUGAGAAGCAUGUGCAGCGCAUUGUCACUCACUACAAUUGCAUUGGGAAACUACUUGAGCACACUCCUGGUAACUAUAGUGACUAAGGUGACCACGCGCCACGGGAAAUUGGGUUGGAUACCUAAUAAUCUCAACCAUGGCCAUCUUGAUUACUUCUUUUUGUUACUUGUGGUCUUGAGUGUACUGAAUUUCUUGGUGUACUUGUGCAUUUCAAGCUGGUACAAGUACAAGAGACCGAUAGGAAGCUUUAACUGAGCAUUUCCAUCAAUUUCAAAACGACAAGACACUUUUAAGCACAUAUCAGAUUACCGAGUGGACAAUGUAGCCUGUUGCAGCUCAAUUAUGCCAUUGAAACUUCAAUUACGUCGAUGUCCUUGCGUGCAACCAAUGUAUAUGAAUGUAAUUGACUUCAUAUUCUUAA